UGGCCACUGCAGCCGCCGCGCCGUCCCGCCGUCGCGCGCCUGCUUCCUUCUCCCCGUCGCGUCCACCCCAAUCCCCCACCGGGCACCGCCUCGAUGAGCCGCCGCGAUCAGCACCAGUGGCCUCGCCCCGGCCUCGGAUACGACCCUCGCGCCGCCGCCGCCGCGCAGUGGUAUGGCGCCGCCUCGGCGUCCUUCCCUGACCCCGGCGCGGCGCCGCUGCACGGGAUGAACCCCUUCGGCUUCGCCCCUAACCCCCUGUUCGCGCCGAACCCCUUCAACAUGGUCAGUGACCUCCUCCUCCAGAAUCCCGCCGCCCUAGCUUCCUACCAGCAGCAACUCCAGCAGCAGCAGGCGCAUCACUUCCCCUCCCAUGCCUACCACCAAACCCCUACCUCUAACACCCAGCGCCGCCCGACAAAACCCGCCGCCGCUGCCUCCGCCUCACCAGCGCCGCCAGCUCCCCAGCCGCAGCAACAGCAACAGCAGCAGCCGCCGCAGCGCCAGCAGGCCGUUAUCGAUCGGGCGCAAGCGGCGGCGAGGAAAGCGCGGGAGGAGCUCGUGAAGAGCGGGGAGGGUGUCACGGGUUGGAAGGUGGCGCAGGCGGUGUUGGUGGCGCUCAAGGUCGAUUCGUGGGCCUCCCUCGGCGUCCAGCUCCAGGACGUUCCUCUCCUUCGGGACCUCUUCCUCAUCGAGGGCAAGGUGAAUGCAUUCAUUCAUUGCUAUGUUGCUGCAAGAAAAAUUGUAACGGUUUAUGAUCUGGAGGUUGAGAUAUGCAAGAAUGAGGGGGUUUUGCAGUUUGAAGAGCUGGGAUUGGGGCCUUUCCUUCAGCACCCACUUGUUGGGCAUUAUUUUGCAGUGCCAUCUGAUUUGUCUAUGAUGCCAAAGCUUAGUAGCGAGGAAAUUAUCAAUGUCCUGCAGAAAUUUGUGGACAAUUCUAAGAAGAAAAUCACAGUUGAAGAUUUCUUGAAUUAUCUUUCGGAGCAAAAAUCAGUCUCUGGAAAGGAAAAGCUUGGUGUGCGGGUACAGAGCUUGGGGUUGCAUAUUUCCUUCCUCCGGCAGGCCAGGCAAACUGAACUGUCUUCUCUUAAGCUUCCAGGAAAUAAGAGUGGGUCUGGCCAUAGUACCCAAGAGAAGUAUUUGUUGAAAAAUACAAAUUACCAUACUCACAAGCAGGCGUUAGACAAGAGGUUCAAUUCUCUAACUAAUCGUAUAAAACAGUUACCAGGCAUCAAUAAACAUAUUCAUUUUGAUUCAACCGAUGAUGAAACUGAUUGUGAUAGUAGCGCUGAGGAGGGUAAAUUUGAUGACAAUGAGAGUAAGAAUGGAUGUUCUGUUCUUGAUAAAAAAGAUGAUGAUAAGCGUGUAAAUAGCUGCCCUUAUCCUUCAAAAACUGAGGAAAUGGAAAGGCUUGGUUUGAAAUCUGAGACUAAUAAAAAACCAGCUUUAGAGAUUAGCAAGGCAAGAGAGAGCGGAAAAAAGGGAAAACUAAGGGAAAAAAGGAAGUUCGAAGAAAACGAGAGUCCUAGCUCUUCGUGCAAGCUGCCUAAAAAGCAGCAAAAGUUGCAAAAGCAUGAAGCAUCACCGAAUUGUUUCUUAAGCAUAGGUAAGCUGGAGAAUUUUAUAACAACAUGGAAGGAAACAUGUCGUGAACAUCCAGUCCAACAGGUUUUGGAAAUGAUAGCAAAUUACUAUGGAAGAACACCAUCAGAGAAGAAGAAAAUAAUAAAUUUCUGUUCGCAGUACCCAGGCAUUGGCCUUCUCAAUGUUGCCGUUAAAUCGAUGGGAUGUGGUCUGCUGGAUAGCAUUUACGAUGUGAUACAGCUUUCUAGUGAGAAUAACGUGUCUUCAAGCCCUCUUCCUAACACUACCACAGAAGUUAUGGAAAUCGAGCCCCCAAAUAAAGAAAAUGCUAGCUGUAUUGCUAAUGGAGCCAAUAAUAGGAGUGAAGACAAUGGGAGUGGACAUAGUGUUGCUAUUGAUGAUGUCAUCAGGAGGAUUACAGAAUAUAUUGAAUGCAACAGUAAAGUCUCUGGUGAUGUGGCUUUGCAAGUGAGGGCACUUCAUGAUUGUGAGACAUGGGUUACUACUCAAUUUUCAGCGAAUCAAUUUAGUGCUCUUGGACAUGGGACAUUCCUCGAGUUUUUGGAGAAAAAUUGUCAUCACUUCCCCACUGCUUUGAGUAGUUUUUUGAAGGGGGGUGCUUGUGAUUCUUCAUCUCUGGAAGUUUCUGUACUACAGCAGCAAGUUGAAGUUUUACUCUGUCAAGCUGAGAGUAAUUGGCUGGAAGAUGGUGACUUUUCAGAGGACAGUUUAGUUAUGAUACUUAAAAGGCAAUUCCCAUCAAUUAGCUUUGAUGUUAUGCAAGACAAAUCUGGGGAAAGGCUUCCUGGCUAUAUUAAGAGGCAGAGGAAAAACAUACAAACAAAUACUUUGAAAUUUUCCAUCUCGUUAUUGGAGAAACGGUGGUUUGGAAAUUUUCCAGGUAGACAUGAAAAUGUUGAUGUUCUGGGCAACGAUGUUGCUGAACAACAUUAUUAUUUGGGAACAGUUUGUUCACGAGAGGCAAUUAAUUGUUUACUUAGGGCUCCUAUGUUGUCUGAUUUGCAUAUUUGGUCGCAUUGGGAUCUGCUGUUUGCUCCUACACUGGGUUCCUUUGUACGUUGGUUGCUGACUACUGGCCCUAUUCAAGAGCUAUCAUGCAUUGUGACCACAGAUGGUAGGUUUAUUAGAGUAGAUCCAUCAGCUACAGUUGACCAAUUCUUGGAAGCCAUUAUUCAGCGUUCACCAUUUCAAGUGGCAGUGAAAUUGCUUUCACUGCUAUACAUUUACGAUGGUUCCACAAACACCCCAAUGUCAUUGCUAAAAUGUUAUGCAGAGCGAGCAAUAAAGCUCAUAGUAGACAACAACAAUGAUUUGAUGAACACUAAUUCUGAAAACUGUCAGGUAUCUUCUGCAAAAAGUAUUAGGUCUGACAGCUUGCCAAACUUUGAUGACACAGUUCAUUUGAUUGCGAAAUUUGUACUCGACUGUCUUGGUCAUCUACCUUUGGAGUUCCGAAGUCUUGCAGCAGACAUACUUUUGGCAGGACUUCGGGUUGUUACCAAGAACUGCUAUUCAGUCAUGUUGCAUGUAGCCACUGAAGAUUGGCAGCUUUGCAUGCUUCAUGAUAUUGGCUUGUCACUGGGAGUUGCAGAAUGGGUUGAAGAUUGCCGUAGGUUGUGUUUAACUGAAGAAGUUCAUGUGCAGAAAGAAAAGCAUUCUUCUGCCAAGCUUACAUCAACUGCAUCUGAGGUAGCAACACGCGAAGAUUCUAACUUGCUUAUUUCUAGUGAUGUUGAUAUGAUGGAUGAGAGAAGAAAAUUGUUUCCUAGCACAAAUGAUCAAGUUGGUAUAGAUAAUAAAGACAGUAAGGUGUUAAAUCCUGUUGGAACUGAGGCAGAUAUUGCAGAAUCACAUACUAAACAAUCUUCCAUGAUGGGAGAAACAAAUCUUGAGGAAGCGUCUCUUGUUAUUGAGACUAUACGCCGUGAAGAGUUUGGUCUUGAUCAGGCCCUAAGUUACACUGAGAAUAGCUUGUUGAAAAAGCAGCAUGCUCGACUUGGCAGAGCAUUGCAUUGCCUUUCGCAAGAACUAUAUUCCCAGGAUUCUCAUCUACUUCUUGAGCUGGUACAGAAUGCUGAUGACAAUGCGUAUCCUGAUGACGUUGAACCAACAUUAGCAUUCAUUCUCCAGGAGAAUGGUAUUGUUGUUCUAAACAACGAGAGGGGCUUCUCCGCUCAGAACAUUAGAGCACUUUGUGAUAUUGGUAACUCGACAAAGAAAGGAUCAAACCGGGGUUAUAUUGGAAAUAAAGGCAUUGGAUUUAAAUCAGUUUUCCGGGUAACUGAUGCUCCGGAGAUCCAUUCAAAUGGUUUCCAUGUGAAAUUUGAUAUCACAGAUGGCCAGAUUGGUUUUGUAUUGCCAACUGCAGUUCCACCUUACAGUACCACUUCUUUUAGUAGGAUGCUAGCCAUUGAAGAUGACAAGGAUGCCCGUUCCUUGUGGAACACUUGCAUUUUACUUCCCUUCAGAUCAAAAUUUAGGGAGGGCACUGGUAUGUGCUCCAUUGUGUCUAUGUUUUCAGAUCUCCACCCAUCUCUUCUGCUGUUCCUUCACCGACUAAAAUGUAUUAAGUUCAAGAAUUUGCUUGAUGACACACUUCUGAUUAUGAGAAGGGAGGCUCUUGGUGAUGGCAUUGUGAGAAUCUCACAUGGGAUUGAGACAAUGAGUUGGUUGGUGGUCAGUAAGAGGUUACAAGGUACUAUUGUGCGGCAUGAUGUGUGCACCACAGAGAUAGCUGUGGCAUUUACUUUGCAGGAAACUGAGAAAGGAGAUUAUGAACCUUACUUAAAGCAGCAACCUGUGUUUGCUUUUCUUCCUCUGAGGAAUUACGGCCUUAAAUUCAUUCUUCAAGGAGAUUUUGUUUUACCUUCUUCCAGAGAGGAAGUGGAUGCGGAUAGUGCAUGGAAUCAGUGGUUGUUGUCUGAAUUCCCUUCUUUGUUUGUCAAUGCCCAAGAAACCUUUUGUGCUCUUCCCUGUUUUCAGAGGUGCCCUGGAAAAGCUGUCACAGCCUUCUUGAGUUUUAUUCCUCUAGCGGGAGAAGUUCAUGGAUUCUUCAGCCACCUUCCUCACUUGAUCCUUUCCAAGUUGCGUCUGACCCGCUGCAUGUUUUUGGAUGGCUCUACUUUGCAAUGGGUCUUUCCGUGCAAUACACUUAGGGGUUGGGAUGAACAAACUAAAAUGCUAUUGUCCGAUGGCUUACUUCAUGAACAUCUUGGUCUUGGUUAUCUCUCAAAAGAUAUUGUUAUAUCUGAUAAUUUAUCAAGGGCUCUAGGUAUUCAUGACUACGGACCAAACAUUUUGAUAGAUGCCAUCUCAUCUAUUUGCCGAAUUGAUGGCUGUAUCGAGUCAUUGGGCCUGGAGUGGCUAUGCGCUUGGUUUGUUACCCUUUAUUUGACGUUGCUUUCUCAUUCUUCUCGAAAUGUUUCCUUAACAAGAAGCCUCGAAGAUGAUCUGUUGAAUACGGUUAGAAAAAUACGAUGCAUCCCACUUUCAGACGGUUCAUUCAGCUCUGUUGAAGAUGGUCCUAUAUGGUUACCAUAUGAUAUUGUCAAUUCCAUUCCUGAAAGUAGCAUUCAGAAUUUCCCAGUUAUGUAUAGUAAUCUUCGAACUGUAAGUCCUGAUCUUCUCUCUGCAUCCUGCAAAAAUAAAUACCUCAUGGAAGAAGUCAGAACGAAUGAUCUGGUAGACAUUCUGCAAAAGAUUGGGGUGCGAAAGUUAUCUGGGCAUGACAUUAUUAAAAAUCACAUCAUGAUUUCCUUGCGUAAUGGUUUAGAUGCUAACACGGAAGAUCAAUUGAUUAGAGAGUAUGUGAGCUUUAUUAUGGUUCAUCUUCAAUCUUCUUGCACCAGCAACAGUUGAGUCAUCAUUUUUGAAGUCUAUUCUAAGCUUCAAAUGGGUAGCAUCAAGCAUGGAUGAGGAUCUUCAUUAUGCAACAGAUUUAUUUUAUGAUUUUGAAAAUGUCCGCUCUCUUUUUGGUAGUGUGGCACCAUAUGCUGUACCACAGGUAUCUAGCAGUUCACUUAGGAAGGACAUUGGAUUCAAAACAGAGGCAUCCUACUGUGAUGCUUUGAUGGUCCUGAAGUCUUGGAUAACAUCACAGGUUCCCUUUAGUGCAAG